AUGCAUAAUAAUAAUAAUAAUAGAUACAAAGCAGCUGUAACAACAACAACACAGUGUAUUGAUCUCACCACCUCCGAUAUGUAUAAUUGCCAUUCCCACUCACCCUUUUAUCUCAGAAGUGAAGAUGGAAGAAAUAAUGGGGCGCGUUUUGCGGAUCUUGGGGAGCUGGAGCAGUCUGCUGGAAAUGGGAAUAAUGGGUUUCAUCAUACUAAUGAUGCUGCAGUUAAUUUAACCACAAGCUCAAUAUUUAAUGAUUUGAAGGGAAGCAACGUCUCUAUUGUAUCUAGUAAUAACUUGCAGUUUGGUGCACCACCUCUCAACAAUGAUUUGGGUUUCAGCUGAGAUGCUUGCAACAGGAGUUGAUUCCGGCCAGUUCAUUUCAGAUAAGGGAACAAUGGCGGUGGUUGGGCGGCGGCGCCGCCGCCCGGUGGGUGGUG